UUUAAUAAUUUGAUGAAUUACUGCAAAAAUGCUUUUAGUAGCAAAUGUAUACAAAUGUUAAUUGUUCCACUCAAAAAGUGCCUGGAAAAGCUCUUGGCAAAAAUGUUUGUGAAUAAGGCACUUUUUGUAAUAAACCAAAUUUCCUUUGCAUAUUAUAACUGCUGGUUUUCGGCCAGGUUUUGGCUUUUAUGUGCAAUAUGCAACAAACAAUCAGUAAAAGGGCUGUCCAUUUCAAGCUGAGAAUAGAUUGUGUGUAAUCACUCAGGAAAUGACUGCCAACUUUGAGACUGGAAAAGAAUAGUUGACUGCACAUGCAUCAAUGUUUAUAUCUAUUCUUGUGAUCUCUUCUAUAGGUCAAGUUCUGGGUGUGUGGAUCUUCAAAUGGAGUGCUAUCACUCUGGAUUAUAGAGAACAGCACAGGUCCUGAGGGUCAGAGGAGUCUCUGGAACUCAACAAGCGAAGCUAAUAUGGGAAAAGGGUGGAAACUCAUUGCCCUACCACUCUUCGGUUUGGUGGAUCUGUUCUACCUGAAGUUCAUUGCUGAUAUUUCCUCUAGUGCAGGAGUUGCAUUUGCUGUGGAUAACUUCACUCUGAGCAUGGAAUGUUUCCUUGAAACCAAUGGAGAAUUUCCUCCGGUGGCUCCCACAAACCCCACGCAAGUGCUGUUCUCACCAAGCAAUAAGGACAUCAAGACCACCACAGUACUGGAGCCUGGAGCGUCUACAGAAUCUGUCAGGUGGAUAUUCCACACAUGCGGAGCAACAGGACAGGACGGUCCAACGCCGACUCAGUGCAGUAACUUUUACCGCAACACCAAUGUCAGUGUCACUGUAGGCACUAAGGGAUCAUUCAAGGGCAUCCAGAUGUGGCGGGUCCCAGAGACAAGGAAAUACAGGAUCACGGCGUACGGAGCAGCUGGUGGACGCAGUGUGCAGGCUGUCCACAAGUCACAUGGGGUGUACAUGACCGGAGACUUCCUGCUACAGAAGGAUGAGCUGCUGUAUAUUCUAGUUGGACAGAAGGGAGAGGACGCUUGCCCUAAUAUGGUGCCUAGUUUGAACCGGAUCUGCAGGGAGCAGCAAGGACCCUCUACCAAUAAAACCCAGCUUAAGGGAGGAGGUGGUGGGGGAGGAGGAGGCACCUACAUCUUCAAGGUGGUGAAUGGAGUCCACAUUCCGCUACUCAUUGCUGCUGGAGGUGGAGGCCGUGGCUACAGCAGCCAAUCAGAAACCCCAGAGGAAGUGAUGGACAGGGAUGCCAGCAUCCCUGGCCGCAAUGGAAACUCAGGCGCUGCAGGUGGUGGUGGAGGCUGGGAUGAUAUUGCCCCUGUUCCUCAAGGGGGUAGAUCACUCAUUUUGGGAGGUCAGGGCGGAGAACCCUGUCAAAACAUGGGCUGGAAAACCCGAGGAGGUUUUGGAGGUGGUGGAGGGGCCUGCACGGCUGGUGGAGGAGGUGGAGGAUACAGAGGGGGCAGUGCCUGGCAUGAUAAUGACCCUAGAAAGGAUGGAGAUGAUGGAACAUCAUUCAUAAGUCCUGAUGGGGAAAUGUACCUGGAGCCACUCAAAGGAAUGGAAGGUGACGGUGAAGUUAUUAUCAACCCAGUGCAGAAUUGCAGUCACUGUGAGUCAGGAGAUUGCCACGAGACCUCUGAGGGCAUGGUGUGCUACUGUGAUGAAGAGCUCUCGCUGGCCCCAGACGGAGUGUCCUGCAUCAACUCUACUGUGGUGCCUAUGGUGCCCGCUCAGCCGUAUUGGCCUCAUCUGGCACUGGGUCUGUCUGUGGGGACCUCCGCCCUCAUUGCUGCAUUACUGUUGGCAGUUUCUGGUGUUAUGAUCAUGUACAGACGGAAACACACCGAGCUACAGUCUAUCCAGCUUGAGCUACAGAGUCCCGACUGUAAGUUGAGCAAACUGAGAGCCUCUACUAUCAUGACCGACUACAAUCCAAACUACUGCUUUGGAGGGAAGACCGCCUCCAUCAAUGACCUGAAGGAGGUGCCGCGGCGCAACAUCUCCCUCACCAGAGGUUUGGGUCAUGGGGCAUUUGGUGAGGUCUAUGAAGGACUAGCCGUAGGGAUACCGGGGGAGCCCAGCCCGAUGCAGGUGGCUGUAAAGACCCUUCCUGAGGUGUGCUCUGAGCAGGACGAGCUGGAUUUUCUUAUGGAAGCUCUCAUAAUCAGCAAGUUUAGUCACCAAAACAUUGUGCGGUGUAUCGGGGUGAGUCUGCAAGCUCUGCCUCGCUUCAUUCUGCUGGAAUUGAUGGCUGGAGGGGAUCUCAAGAGCUUCCUGAGGGAAACUAGACCAAGACUAGAGCAUCCUUCAAGUUUAACCAUGGUAGAUCUUCUCAACAUUGCUAGAGACAUCGCCCGCGGCUGCCAGUACUUGGAAGAGAACCAGUUCAUCCACAGGGAUAUUGCUGCCAGAAAUUGUCUUCUGACUUGCAAAGGUCUGGGGAGGGUGGCCAAGAUAGGAGACUUUGGCAUGGCCAGAGACAUCUACAGAGCCAGCUAUUACAGGAAAGGAGGCCGUGCUAUGCUGCCAGUCAAAUGGAUGCCUCCUGAGGCCUUUAUGGAAGGAAUCUUUACCUCGAAAACAGAUACAUGGUCAUUUGGUGUUCUGCUGUGGGAGAUCUUCUCUCUGGGGUAUAUGCCAUACCCCAGCCGAAGUAACCAAGAGGUGUUGGAGUUUGUUACUAACGGAGGCCGGAUGGACCCACCCAAGAACUGCCCCGGGCCAGUGUACCGGAUAAUGACACAGAGUUGGCAGCAUCAACCAGAAGACAGACCAAACUUCUCAACUAUUCUGGAGAGAAUUGACUAUUGUCUGCAGGAUCCAGAUGUGGUGCAUGUGCCUUUGCCUGUAGAGUAUGGCCCCAUCCCUGAGGAAGAGGAGAGGGUACCCAUGCGUCCCGAAGACCCUUCGGCCCCCUCAUUGGUUGUAACCCCUCAGGGCACCGACGAUGCUUCAUCUGCCGGCCACUCCGAUCAGCCGAAGAGAGAUGGGGAGGCUGUUCUCAUUGACAGCAAACUUCCACCAGCUCCCCAAUCUCAGCCUCAUCCCCAUCACCACCACCAACCCCCGGUAGUAACUGCCCCCAUACCAGCUGCCAAACCUUCCUCUGCAACUCCCCUGACCACCCAGGAUGGAGGGCAUGUGAAUUUGGGCUUCAUGCAGCCCCACCCUUUAGAGAAGGAGAGCCAUAACGGAAAGCCCACCAACCUGUGGAACCCCACCUAUGGCUCAUGGUUUCUACAGCAGCAGCAGAAGAGACAGCAGACACAGGCACAAAGACAGGCAAGCAGUCCACGGAUCCCAGGUGAAGGGCAGGAACAAGCGGGCCGGACUGUGACAGUAGCUGAAGCUCUGGGCCUGCAGCAACAGCACAAACAGCAGCAGCUCCAACGCCAACAGCAUCAGCAGCAACAAGGCCUGUGUCGACCACUUUUGCCCCCUCCUGCGCCAACUCCUUUACUCCUGGAUUCGGCCACCUUAGCACCAGUUCCACUCUACAGACUACGGCGCUUCCCGUGUGGGAAUAUUGGGUAUGGCUACCAGGAGCAGGGCCUGCCCAUGGAGCCCAUGCCGGGGCCCCAGCCUCCCCCACCUCAUCCUGGCCAGCAGAGGCCCAUCUCUUUGACUCGUGCAAGCGGCCCUGAGGACAGCCGCCCUCUUUUGGUCACCAUGGGUACAGUGCAGGACUCCAGACUCCCGAAAAUGGAGGGACACAAUGCCACUGUUCUGUGACUGUGCACGUUCUCUAUCAGUGCCCACUUUGCAAAACACUGUGCUAUCCAUCCUUUGCUAAGCCCCUUUGUGCUUUAUCAUUGUGCUUUUCAGCCAUGAGACUAGGACUAAAAAAGGCUCUGCGCUGGAAACUCAGAGAAACUUUCUCUGAACGUCUGAAUUGUCAUUUGCAUAAAGUAACAAGAUCGUUGCGUCUCUGAAAGCCACAUUUGAGAAACAUAAAUAUACUGAUUAAGCCCUCUCAAGGACUAAUUCUGUGAAAAAGACUAUAUUAUAUCAGUGAUAUUUUUCCAUAAUGGGGGAGAAAAAAUUAAAACGGGUUUGUUGAUGUUUGCUUGCCUGCUUGUUUAUUUAUUCAUUUGUUAAUUUAUUAUUUGGAGGUCAUGUAAAUUAUUAAUGGGUGUGCUUCAGAAAGCAAACUGCCCCCAUUCAUUAUGUAUCAUAUUUGUUCAUUCUUGGAUUUGGUUGGCUUUUAAACGCAGCAGUUUUCAUCUAUCAUCAAAUAUAAAUAAUAACAGAAACUCUAA